CGUUGUGUGAACGUGUAGCACGGCAAAACAGAAACAUUUAACAAAUAAUAAUACAUACAUACCUACAUAGAUAGCUACAUACAGACAAACCGAAAGACCGUUGUUUUCUUUCUUCACUGUGAUCAUUUCAUUUGUUGUUAUUGUUCGUUCAAAAAGAAAAACAAAAAAAAUACGACCGAUGAGUUUCGUACGUUUGCUAAGUUGAAACCUAAACAUCACACUCUACUACUACAACUACUACAUCUACCUCCAUAUUAAAAACUCCACAAGCAGAAGCCACUCGCGAGCUCAACACAGGCAGCCGUUAAGCUGAAAUUUCGAUCGUAACUUUGCAGUUGACUGUCGCGCACGGAAGCGUUCGGAAGUGGAAUAUAUUUUAUUAAUAAUAUUAACGUCUCCAACAACAACAAAACCCAGCAAACAACGAACCAACCAACCAACCAGCAAACAAAUCAAACUUUUUUUUUUUUAAACUCAGUUUAAUAAAAAAGCAACAACAACUAACACUAACAGCAGCAGCAGUAUUAUUACUUGUCUUGUCUUAACUUGACUCAACGCGAAGCGACUUGACUUGCUUACUACCAAAAGAAGCUUGGCUUAUUUAGUUUGUUAGCAAUCACGCACCAACAAGUAGUAACACGCGUAGUUAUUACAAAAAAAAAAGUUUAAAUUACAAAAAAAUUUUAAAAAAAGCAUAAAAAAAGAAACUGUUAAACAAUUUUAACAAAAAUUUUAAAUUAAAAAAAAGUUUUAAAAUUAUAAAACAAAUUAUAAUUUCAUAGUUACGGCAAUAAUUAAAAACAAAGUUUUAAAAUAUUCUACAAGUUUUUUGGUUGAAACAAUUAAACUUUUAAUAAGCUGAGAGUCGUGAUCUAUCAAAUGUUUAAAACAUUUUGAUUUUAUUAAUUCCUAUAAUUUCUUCAGUUAUUAAAAAGAUUAUUUUUUGUGACAUUUGCAGCCAAUCAGACUGGCAAGUUGAAAAACAACAAAAACUAUAACAACGCCCACCAUUAUUAUUAUUUUGAAAAAAAAAACUACCACCAACAAACAAUUUUACAAACGCCAUACUAGUUGAAAUCUAAAAAAAACAACGACAACAAUAACAAAAGUGCUAAAAAGGCGUUUAAAUCAAGCAUUUGAAAUAACACGUCACACUGUCAGCAACUCUCUUCAUAACGGUUGUUAUCACCCAGAACCACAAACAAUUCAACACUAACAUUUCAAACAUCAAACCGUGUACAACGCGCAACAACGAGCCAAUCAGAAUAAAAAAAAUUACGAAAAUAAAAACAACAAAUAAGUAAAAAAACAUACCGACGCCAUAAAAAAACCCCCAAGAUUAAUCAUUCUUAUCAGUUUGAUUAAAAAAGUAACAAGAAAUUCUAAUAACAAAAUAAAUAAAGAACAAUUAAAACACACAGUGUUAGUGGAUAUAAAAGAAAGAGUGUAUUAAAAGUAACAACAACAAUAAAAACAAACAAUUACACUAAUACCAUUAUAAUAAUCAACUACUUUAGAGAGUAAUACAUAACGUAAUCAUAUACGCAAGUACUCUAGAAAUAGAAUAGAAAAAAAUAGAGUAGAGUAAAUUUAUAACGGUUUAACUGUGUGAUUUACACACGACAAUUGUGAGUGAGCUUGAUUUAACUGUUUGUUUGUUUGCUUUGUUUAUUUCAUUUGUGUGUCCUCGUUGUCUAUCUUUUUUUUUUUUUUGUAUUUUAACAUCUGUUGUUUGUGUGUGUAUUAGUGUGAAAAAGUAGAAAAAAAAACAACAACAACAACAACAGCAGAAGAAGAAAAAAAAGCACUACUAAGCACCAUGUUCGCUGUAAUGAGAAUCGACAAUGAUGACUGCCGGUCGGACUUUCGUCGCAAGAUGCGUCCGAAGUGUGAGUUCAUUUGCAAGUAUUGCCAGCGGCGUUUUACCAAACCAUACAAUUUAAUGAUACACGAACGUACCCACAAAUCACCAGAAAUCACAUAUUCCUGUGAGGUCUGCGGCAAAUAUUUCAAACAACGUGAUAAUCUCAGACAACACAGAUGUAGUCAGUGUGUCUGGCGAUAAAUUACUCUACUAUUCUACUAUAUUUUGUUGUAAAGCACCAUUUUUUUUUAAAUAAAUGUCACCACUUAUUUACCACGCACUUUACAUAUAUGUAUACAUAAAAAACACAGCAACUGCAACAACAACAAAAAACAACAAUAAUCA